UGUACAUUCUUUGUUAGCAACUCUCUCUUUCUCUCUUACAUCUUCUCUUACAUUUCCUUCAAAAGAAAACCAUGGACGUUGACUAUGGUCAUCGCCCUCAGCAGUGGUCACGUGGUCUUUGUAACUGUGGAGACGAUAUUUGUACAUGUUGCAUCUCAUGGUUUCUCCCAUGCAUCACCUUUGGCCGAAUCGCAGAAAUCAUCGACGAAGGACAAAAUUCUUGCCUUUCCCAUAGCAUAGUGUACGGGUUCCUGUUGAUGAUUCGAUGCCAAUGGGUCUACUCAUGCAUGUAUAGAGAGAAAUUGCGCCAAAAAUUUGGUCUGCCGGAGGAGCCUUGUGGUGAUUGUUGUGUUCAUUUCUUCUGUGAACCGUGUGCCCUCUGCCAAGAACAUGCUGAGCUCAAAUCUAGAGGCUUCGACCCCUCCAAAGGUUGGAUUGGGGCACCAACUGCUGCUCCACAGGUGCCUUCUUCCAUGAUCAAAUGAUCGCCAAUGUACUUGGCAGACAAUUAAUGUCGUGUUUGUCUUCUCCAUGUCUUUUUUGUUUUUGUUUGAUGGAAUUUGCUUUGUGUUGUAUGAAUAUGUAUUGAUAUUGUUGAUAAAGUGCGUGUAUAAGCGAGGAUGUUCCAUAUCCAACGUAUUGUAAUGAAUGUGCGAUUGUUUGUUUUA